GUGGAAGAGAAGGAGCAGGCUCUGUGAGUACACUGGCUGCACUCUGCAGGAAAGCCCACUGCACACUUGCGAGAAAUCCUGAAGAUGGUUAAAGACGACUCUACUGUCCGUUGCUUCCAAGGCCUGCUGAUUUUUGGACACGUGAUUGUUGGUAUGUGUGGCAUCGCCCUGACGGCAGAGUGCAUCUUUUUUGUGUCUGACCAGCACAGCCUCUACCCACUGCUUGAAGCCACCGACAAUGACGACAUCUUUGGGGCCGCCUGGAUCGGCAUGUUUGUUGGCAUCUGCCUCUUCUGCCUGUCUGUCCUGGGCAUCGUGGGCAUCAUGAAGUCCAGCAGGAAAAUUCUUCUGGCGUAUUUCAUUCUGAUGUUUAUAGUCUAUGGUUUUGAGGUGGCAUCUUGUAUCACAGCGGCAACACAACGAGACUUUUUUACAACCAACCUUUUCCUGAAGCAGAUGUUGGAGAGAUACCAAAACAACAGUGCUCCAAAUAAUGAUGACAAGUGGAAGAACAAUGGAGUCACCAAAACCUGGGACAGGCUCAUGCUUCAGGACAAUUGCUGUGGUGUAAAUGGUCCAUCUGACUGGCAAAAAUACACAUCUGCUUUCCGGGCUGAGAAUAACGAUGCCGACUAUCCCUGGCCUCGUCAGUGCUGUGUUAUGAACAAUCUUAAAGAGCCACUGAAUGUGGAAGCCUGCAAACUAGGGGUGCCUGGUUAUUAUCACAGUCAGGGCUGCUAUGAACUGAUCUCCGGGCCAAUGGACCGACACGCCUGGGGCGUUGCCUGGUUUGGAUUUGCCAUUCUUUGCUGGACGUUUUGGGUUCUCCUGGGUACCAUGUUCUACUGGAGCAGAAUCGAAUACUGAGGAUAGAAUGUCACUGCUGAAGCUCCUUCCCCCAGGGACUCUGGAUUUGGUGCUGGAGUCCGCGCGCUGUCUGCAUCUUCCUCCUCUGUGCUCUGCAGUGGCAGCUGCAUGCCCUGCUCGGUGUCCAUUCAGAUGCAAGAGUUCUUUUGGUCCUCAAGUUUCUGCAGUUCUCAUGACAUGACCGCUGUUUCAUCCUACUCUGGGGGUUGGUUGGGCGACAUUUUUGUAGGCGCUAGGAGAGGGGGAAAGUGGAAAGUAAGUAGAUAAUAACUACUUCCAAAAAUAAAAAAUUAAAAAAUUAAAAAAAUUAAAAAUAACUACUUCCACUCAUGUUUAUUUUUAAUGCAAAGGUAUAAAGACACCCCUCAAAAAAAAACAAACACACCCUCUUGCCAUAACAAGUCAAGUCGCUAUUUGGAAAGCAAAUUAGCCUGGGUUUCUCACGGUUUCCUGAAAGAAACCCUCAACACUGUCAUUCAUCCCCAUGUGGUCUGAGUGACAUGAGGACCAAAGAAAAGGCUGCAGAAACCUACCUUUUGCUUUCUGUUCUGCAGUGGCUCCCAUUCGGCAGAGUCCCUCGGAUCCUUGACGGUGGAUCCCGGGACAAUGCCUGAUCUUGGGUCAACAAUGGUUUGGAUUUCCUCUCAGACCUUUCAGAGUGAUGUGUGUCCAGAAAUCUCAAUUUCCCCACGAAGAAUGUCAUCUCUGAGGGGGCAAAGCAGUGGUCUGCUCUAUAUUUUGCUCUGUCUUUGUUCUGAAUGAUCCUAAGUUGGAACAACCUUUCAAACAGCCGAGAAGCAAGCCCACUACUAGGAAUGGGUGAUUUAUGGGUAUUUUUGUUUACUGUCAGAUUAUCUCUCUUCUGAAUGAUGCUUGCAUUUACACUCCUGAAGAGAGUUCCUAUAACUCAGUGUGUGUCUAGUCUUAUAAAUAAAGAGGGCUUUAAAAUAUUUC